AUGGCGUUUGAAGUACCCUCUCCUUCUACCUCCUCCUCUUCCUCCUCUGCUAUCUCGAGUGUCAGGAACACUGAGCGACUUAAGCGCGCCAGACAUCAAAGUGGCGAGACCUACGAAAGCGUACCCGACGACACGACCCACCCAGAGUCUGCCCGCACCUUGGCAUGGCAAGACAAGGACAACAGGGACCAUAAUGACCGCAUAGAUAAGCAGGAUUCGGUUACUCUCAACAAUGCCACAAAGCCAUCAUUCCAGAUGCACGCUUCUUCUCCUGCUGUUCAACACGACAGGGUCGUUGUCUUGCAAGUUCGGAAGCCAUCGCGGAUUCAUCCAUUUGAUAGCGAAUCAUCAGGACCUAAUAUGGCAGGAAAGUCGCAGGAUGACCGUCAUCACCCACUGGAUGGCCCAGUGCUCACGCCUCUAUCCCCGGCUCGGGCUGACGUGGAGCCAUCUAUCCACCCAUUGGAUUCGGAGGUGCGCAAGGAAGCCAAGGCGCAGCAAGGGUAUCCUUCAGACGGUAGACAUCAGGAAACUUCCAGCCCCGCUCAACUGACCCCAGGAUCGAGCUCCCAGAGAAUGUCCACCACCCCUCAGUAUCAGGAUCCGAUUCAACAACGACCAUCGACUGGAGCUAGUGGUCAGCGAACUGGCGCUGUUCCUCCAAAGGGUGCAUCUUCAUCCUCGUCUACCUCCCGCUCUCAACAACAGCCUGCGGCUCACCAGCCUUCUCGACCAUCAGGAUCCAAUGCCGCCAUGCAGGUUGUCAAACCCUGCCCUGCCACGCUGAUGCUCCCCAUCACCCGCGAUACCUUGCGCGAGCUGGAUUUGUUUGAGAUCUUCAAAAACCCUCAACUUCGCCACGACAUUGUAUUCGAUCCGCACCUUCAGUUCCGGCCCAACUUUGACGGCGAGCGCGGAUUGACAAAGAGACGGGAGGCUGAUCGAUUCUGGCAUGAAGUCGGUGCAGAACUUAAUACUCGCCGGGCGGUUCUUUCAGCUCGACGGGAUGCGACGACCAAGAUGCUUAACCUAGCGGGUCUUUCCGCCUCCAGUCCUUCCAGUCGAAUGAUCCAGCAGCAGGCCCAGCAGAUGUGUCCCUUACCCAAGGCAGUCCUUUUGCCUCGGCUUAUUGACGAGCUGCGAGAGAUUCUCCUGUCCUUAUUGCCGGCACCGCCCACAAACCAGGAUGGUUCCAAACCUUCACAGCAGGACGCCGCCCAUCAGGAGAAUUCGGAGAGGGCGUUGCUGACGUCGACUCUGGACCCUGAUUUGAUUCUGCAAGAGCUUGACCACGGUGUUCUCGAUGUACACGCGUUGUUCCGAUACCUCGGAGAUUCGCUGAAGGGACACUGUGCGCCCAUGCGCGACUCCCUUGUGGAGUCCAUGGUCCACACUGUGGUGGACUUGGAGGAGAUCGUGCGCGGCAUUCGUAUGUGCUUUGAGAUUCUGGAGUGGAUGAAGCUGGACAUUGCCAACCAUCAACUGCGCACACUGAGACCUUGGCUACUGGAUAAUUCGAUCGAUUUCGAGCAGAAAUACUUUACGGAGCACCUAGGACGUGGCGGAUCUCUCCAUCGAACCACGAAUUGGUUCAAAAAGUCAUGGCUCAAUUGGGAAUCAGUUAAGCAGUCGGUGAUCAGCAAGACAUCUCCUACUGUGGCCAUAUUUCCGCCUUCUCGUCGACCGAGUCUUGCUCCUCUUCCAACAACGGAACAGGACGGAAGCAAACAGGGAUCAAGUCCGGCGACAUUGUCACCAGCCCAGGCAUCCAUCAAUUUCAAGCGACGGACGAGUGUUGUCAGCACUGACAUAGGCGAAAACAUCCUGGACGGCGUUGUGAAUGAAGGUCUACUGGGGAUGGUACUGCGACCUCACGGAUCGGCGAAUACGAUGCCGGAGACAUUCGAGCUGGACCACUACCGCCUGUUGCUCUUCCACAACGAUUUCCAAGAUUUGACGAUUCUCUGCAUUUUAUUGAUCCUUUUCCGACAAUUGGCACAAAACUGCUGGACGCAGCAGGAUCUUGUCGAUAUUAAGAAAGUGGUAUGGCUGUUGUUAACUGACGAGAAUGCCAAUUUCGGAGCCAAUACGCAGACCAAAUCCGGUGGAGGACAGCAUGGAUCGAGUGCCAGCGGUGGAAGCAGCGGAAUGAAGGACAUUGUGAUCCAAAUCGAGUUUGCCGCGCGCAAGGUCCGGGAGAGGAGCGUGAAUGGCGCUGCCGCCACCGCAGCAGCAACAGCUACGGCCGGAAGUCGACGAUCUUCACUUUCGCCCGAAACUCCGAUUCCGAAGACAGUGGGUCUUCGACGCGGAAGUCUUGCCUCUUCUGUCCAGACCGUGUCGAUGGCGACCGGUAGUAAUCUUCUUCUCCACCCUAUGAAGAACCUCGUCGCCAUUCCGCGGCCCCUCUCUGCGGCGGCCAUGGUAUCACCCACAGCAGCCACACCCAAAGCUGGAGAGGUGGCAGCUCCAGCGUCUCCCAGUCUGUCGGCGUCGAAUACGAAUUUGCUGACCGCAUGGUUGGAUAAUGCGCUGUGCAGAACGUCGACGUUGUACGAGUUGAUUCAGAAGCGGUUGUUGAUCCAUUUCCGUCGCUGGCUCUAUCUGCACUCGUGUUCGUCGAUGCUGAUUCUCUCGGCUUCUUGCGCUUCUCUUGCCUCGGCGAUCUCUAUGUCCUCCUCUCAGGGCCCAAACGACAGUGAAGAUCAGAGCAAGGGUGACGAUGAUGACGACGAGACGACGACAUCAUCUGGAGGCCAGUCUGCGGGCUCUUCAAGACAGAGCAAUGACACCACGGCGACAUCUCCGAUCAAGAUGUCCCAAGAUGAAACGGAAAAUGGAGGGAAACCCAACACACCUGUCCCUGCUGGUGUAGCACCCCCAGUGCUAUCGCCGGAAGAAGCCAACAAGGCUGCGGCGGAGGCGUUGGCGGCCAAGCUCAGCUUCAACACGGCAGAGAUGGAGGCCCAUGGGUUGACAGGACUUGAAGACGAGAUGACGGCGUUGUUGGAGAAGAUCCGGGCGGUCAGCGAAUUCAACAAGAAGGUGUAUGGAUCGUGGUACCGAGAUCUUGUCAAGCAGGGUCGUGCUGAGCGGUGGUUGGAUACGACGGCUGGUUCAAGCUCAGGCUCACCCACAGAGGGCCCUAACUCUGUGGCAUCCAAGGCGGCGUCAUCGGCUUUGUCUGCUUCGACGUCCAGUUCGAAUGCUUCUACCAAGACGAUGGCGUAG